CGCACAAUCGUAACAACAGCACAUCUCUAGAGAAGCUAACAGGUUGUAAACAAAGUGAUAAACAAAAACUAUAUUUUCCGCUGUUUUUGUGUAUUAAAAUGCGUUUUCACAUGAACAGCGGCAGUGAUGAUAAUGAAAUUGCGGCAGCCAGCAGCACGGAACAUAUACGAAAGUUUAUCUUCAGCAGCGACGCUGGAAAACUGGAAAUCAAAAUUCCAGAGUUGCUACAGGGUGCCUACUCCUUCUACACAUGGCCUUGUGCUCCAGUCCUGGCCUAUUUUUUGUGGGAACGACGUGAAACGCUGGCAGGGAUGCGUAUAUUAGAGCUAGGAAGUGGCACCGCCCUUCCGGGAAUUCUAGCGGCAAAGUGCAACGCUCAAGUCGUUCUCACAGAUAAUUGCAUCCUUCCCAAAUCUCUGGCUCAUAUACGCAAAUCCUGCCUCGCAAAUCAACUGCAGCCCGGAGUCGAUAUUGAUGUCGUCGGCCUAAGCUGGGGCCUCUUACUGAACAGUGUCUUUCGUCUGCCUGCUUUGGAUUUGAUUAUAGCUGCCGAUUGUUUUUACGAUCCCAGCGUUUUCGAGGACAUCAUUGUUACAGUAGCCUUUCUCUUGGAACGCAACUGCAAUGCAAAAUUCAUUUUCACCUAUCAGGAACGAAGUGCCGACUGGUCAAUUGAGGCGCUGCUAAAGAAGUGGAAACUACAGGCGCUGCCCAUUAACGUCAACAUGGACGAUUUAGGAAAAGGUUCGGGGGUAGAUUUAAUGGAAUCUAUGGGAGGGCAUACCAUACAUUUGCUUGAGAUUACACGAUGCGAGAAGUCAAUUCCGUUAAUAAACGAUUUAUGAGUUCAUCCACCUUUCAUUAAAA